AUGAUCGAUGCACCAUCAUCAACAACAUUAUUAACGAUGAAUGAAAUAACUAAUAAUUCAUCGAAAAAAUCAUUUUUACUUAGACUACUUAGUCUUAUUGGUAGUAUAAUUAUAGGUAUCGGUUUAAUUCUUAUUCUUAUAAUGGUUUAUAAGAACAUAAGACCAUCAUCAUCAUCACUAAAUGUAAACAUUACUACAACUGAAUUAAUAUCAAUAAAUUCAAUGAAUAAUUCUAUUUCAACAUCUUCAUUACUGAUAAAUACUUCAAUUAGAACUCCAUCAAAUCCUAGAUGUGCUCAAUUAACAUUCGAUUUAAUUAAGAGUUAUCCUAUGAAUGACAUACCUUACGGAUUUGCUAUUGGUGAUUUAAAUAAUGAUAAUAUGCUUGAUCUAAUUGUAUCUCGAUAUACAAAUAAUGCGAUGGAUAUUAAUUUUGGUGGCGAAAAUGGAACAUUUCAGUCACAAGUAACCUUAAGUUUUAUUAAAUAUCUUGGAUAUAUGAGUAUUGGUGAUGUUAAUAAUGAUCAAAAUGAUGAUGUUAUUAUUGUUAAUGAAAAUAAAGCAAGUAUUAUGGUUUUACUUGGAGCGGGUGAUGGAACGUUUUAUCAUUAUCAAUUUUUACCUGUUGGUGCUACUCCAUUUGAUGUGAAGAUGGGUGACUUUAAUAAUGAUAACAAUUUAGAUAUUAUCGUUAGUGUUACAGAUAAUAAUGUUGUUAGUCUCAUUUUAGGAUAUGGUAAUGGAAGUUUUCAUGUAAGAAAUACUGUGCUAACUCUUCGUUCUCCAAAUUAUAUAUCUAUCGCUGAUUUUAAUCAAGAUAAUUUUCUGGAUUUUGCUGUAUGUGAAGUCUUUGAUAACACCGUCAGUGUCUAUCUUGGAUAUGGUGAUGGAAAUUUCCGGCCAAGAAUUCCUCAUUUACUAACCGCUGCACCAUACACUUCAGAUAUUGGAGAUCUUAAUGGUGAUGGACAUAUAGAUUUAGUCAUAGGACAUUCUGGUAAUAAUAAUAUAAGUAUUUUAUUUAAUUACGGAAAUGGAAGUUUACAAUCACCAAUGGUUUACGGAACUGGUAUAUAUCCUGCAGAAAUAGGUAUUGCUGAUUUCAAUGGAGAUACUUAUUUGGAUAUUGUUGUUGCAAAUUACCAAGACAGUAGUUUACUUAUAUUUGUGGGGAAAGGUGAUGGAAGUUUUCCAACAAAAAUGCUCAUCAAUAUUAAUCCAAAUUCUUAUCUUAUUAUUGUCGUUGAUUUAAAUAAUGACGGUCGAAUAGAUAUAAUAACUGCAUCCGAAGAUACACAAACUAUCGAUGUCAUUUUAAAUACUUGUUGA